AUGAGUGAAGGGAAGAAGCGGACUAUCUCUACAUCAGAACGACUAAUUAAUUACAAAAAUGUUCAAUAUUAUGGUGAGAUAUCUGUGGGAACUCCACCUCAAAAGCUUCGUGUACUGUUCGACACAGGAUCAACAGACACAUGGCUAGCCUCUAGAAAGUGUUGGUUUCUUGACAUAUUUUGUUGGCUGUACUCAUUCUAUGACAGCUCAAAAUCAUCCACAUAUGAAGCAGAUGGUUCGAGUUUUCAUGUUCGUUAUCUGGAUGGUAAUUUCUCUGGAUUUUGGAGUGUCGAUACCAUACGGAUAAAUUCGUUAGUUAUUCCAAGACAAGCCUUUGCUGAAAUGACGAACAUAUUUAGCGCCGACCAUCUCACUGAUAAAUAUGAUGGAGUAGUUGGUAUGUCGAGCACCCGAAUAUCACGUUACGGCAAUAUUCCAAUGUUUCCAAAUAUGCUGGCCAAUUGUGUAAAUAUGGAUCCAGUAUUUUCAUUUUAUUUAAAUCGGGAGAAUGGUUCACAGAUUGGAGGUGAAAUGGUUCUUGGAGGUGUCAAUCCUAAAUAUUUCAAAGGCGAUUUCGAAUAUAUACCUACUAUUCAUCAAUAUAUGUGGGUGAUAAGAAUUUUAAGUUUUCAAAUAGAUGGGAUGGAAGUUUGCAGUAUGUGUUCUGCUGCUAUCGACACUGGAACAUCACUUAUAAUUGGACCGGAAGAACAAGUGGAAAGAAUCAAUUCCCUACUUGGUAUCUCUGGUAGUGUUCUGGAAAGACAUUUUGUUGAAUGCAGUAAAUUAGACGAGCUCCCUUCGGUCGAGUUCAUAUUUCUUCGGAAGAAGUAUAUUUUGAAGCCACAGGACUAUAUAUUCAAGGAGAACACAUUAUUUGGAGUAAGUUGUUCAUCUCCUUUUUAUUCCAAUCGUCGACUACGUCCGAAUUCCUGGGUUCUCGGUGACACAUUCAUCAGAAAAUUCUACACUGUAUUUGAUUUCGGUCAGCGAAGAAUCGGACUAGCUGAUGCUGCGGGAGCAUAG